CGUUCCAAUUUUCCUCCUCUUUCUCUCAAAUCCCUAAAUUUUCUUCCUCAUCGCAAAAACUUCACUACUCUUUCUCUUUACCGAUUGCAGAAUCACACGAUUUUCUCCGACGAACAUGGCCACCGCCCAGAACGCCGUCGCAGCAGCCGUGACUCCACGGCGGUGCCGAUCCAAGAUUCAAGAAUUGCCCAAACACGCUGAGAAUCUCAACCCUAAUGUUCUCCAACAACAACAACAACAAAGCCCAGGUUGUAGAAAACCAUUGAUCCCUAACUCUUCUUCUUCUGCUUCUUCAAUUUCACCAUCUUCUCCUUCUCCUUCUUCUUCCCCUGUUGUGAGCAAGUCUUGCUCUGUAACUGCCAGCAAGUCUCAGAAGCCGAAGAACCCUGCUAUCCCCAUUUCCUCUUUUACCCCUCGGACCAAGAUCCGUCAGAGGAAGUUCGUUGUGGCGAAGAAGACGCAGAAGGAGGAGGAACAGGAGAAAGAGAAGGAGCGUUCUGCAGGCGAAACGACGUCGUUUUGCAAGUGCAAGGAGAAGAAAGGGAGUGGCGGUGGAAUCAGGGGUAAGUGCCUAUGUGUGGCUUACCACAAUCUGAGGAAGUCACAGGAAGAGUUCUUCAAGAAUCGGUGUGAUGGUGAUGAUGAUGGUGGUGAUGAAGAUGAAGAAAUUGAGUGUGUGGUUGAAACAGAGGAAAUGGGAAAUGGUGGUUUGGGUGAGACAGAGUGUGGAGGUUUGGCAAUGAAACGCACGAGGGAGAGGUUGGUGAAGGCGGCAAUGGAGAAGGAGAGUGGUCCUCAAAGUGGGGGGUCUGGGAAAGUGAAGAAUUUGGUGCAGGCUUUUGAGAAGCUUCUUCUGGCUGGACCCAUUUCCAAGGAUGAAGGAGAUCAUAAGGAGAAGGAAGAGGAGGAGGAGGAGAAGGAACCUCAACAGAAUGAUCACAAGGUGAUGAAAUGGCCACCGACAAAUUUGACUUUGACAUCCCAAAACCUUGGUUUGGAUCCACGUGAUUCUGUUUCUUCUUCUUGGGAUAGCGGUAGAGGAAGCUGCAGUUUGUCUAGGAGGACAUCCAAUGGGGGAAGAAGCAGCAGGAGAAAUAGCUUGGAAUCAUCAAGCACUUUUGGGGGAAGGAGGUGGAAAAAGAAGCAGCAGAAAAUCACCAAUCCAAGGCCAUUCAAGUUAAGAACUGAGCAAAGGGGAAUGUUAAAAGAGGAAGAAUUUGUAAAGAAGGUACAAGAGAUGAUGACUGAAGAAGAGAAGCAGAGGGUACCAGUGGCUCAGGGUCUUCCUUGGACAACUGAUGAACCUGAGUGCUUGGUAAAACCUCCAGUGAAGGAAAUUACUAUACCGGUUGACUUGAAGCUUCAUAGUGAUGUGCGAGCAGUGGAUCGCGCUGAGUUUGACAAUCAGGUAGCAGAAAAGUUGAGCCUAAUGGAGCAAUACAAAUUGGAGAAAGAGAGACAACAAAAGUUGGAAGAAGAGGAAGAAAUCAGAAGGUUGAGGAGGGAACUUGUGCCAAAAGCACAGCCCAUGCCAUAUUUUGAUAGGCCUUUUAUCCCAAGGAGGUCAAUGAAGAAUCCCACUAUGCCUAGAACACCCAAGUUUCAUAAGAAGAUCAAGUGCAGCUCAGCAUCGUGGAGUGAUAUGAGCACCUAUUCUUUCCUGAAUUAAGCUAGCUUCCAAAGAUAUUAUUUUUUUGUGAAUUGUGAAGUGAAUAAUGUUCUAUAAAUCCCCCUUUUUCCAUUUCUGAAUAAUCUCCAAUUUUGUAUGCUGGGCAACCAAUUUAGUUGCAUAUUUUUCUCUUUUUGGUUUUGGUGUUUGUACAGUGUUUAAAUGAUUGGCGUUUGAGCAAAUGAUCUGAUCUUCCAAAGA